AUGUCGACUUUUAAUGGGAUCGUUGAAGAGUUCCCUUUAAUUACUAUCGACUAUUUUCGAAAGAACCCUGAGCGACCUCCUCCCUUGGCCUGCUUUCUCAGUCAUGCGCAUAGUGACCAUCUUCAAGGACUCGAGUCCUUUCGAGCUCCUUUCAUUUACUGCUCAGCAGCUACUAGAGAGCUGCUCCUACAAAUCGAAAAGUACCCCCAUAGAAUGAAUUUCAACAAUGGUAUUCUCGAAUCACGGAGACUGCAUUAUAAGCACCUCUCAAGGCUCCUACGGCCGAUACCAUUGAACACUCCAACCGAAAUUGAUCUAACUCCACGGCUGUCUAUUAGAGUCACUCUCCUAGACGCAAAUCACUGUACCGGCGCUGUGAUGUUCUUCAUCGAAGGCGAUGGCAAGGCAAUCCUAUAUACCGGUGAUAUACGUGCGGAGCCAUGGUGGGUUGCUAGUCUUAUCCGGCAUCCAAUUCUCAUACCAUAUACUCUGGGCAACAAAAGACUGGACAAGAUAUACCUGGAUACCACAUUUGCCAAUACAUCUCACGCCUUUCAUACGUUUCCCUCGAAAGCGGAAGGCUUAGCAGAGCUCCUUCGCAAGCUAGAAUCAUAUCCUGAAGACACUAUAUUUUACUUUCGGGCGUGGACAUUUGGCUAUGAGGAUGUAUGGAGGGCACUUUCUGCUACACUCAAGUCAAAGAUCCAUGUUGACCGAUAUCAAAUCGGGUUGUAUAGAUCUGUCGCUUCAGCCUGCAAAGAAGGGAGCGGCGCGGUAGAAGCACCGUCGCUCUGCGGAUUCGAACUCGGGAAUAGAGUUGUACCUGGCUGUCUAAGUGAGGAUCUGCAAUCCCGCAUUCAUAGCUGUGAACCGGGUGUACACUGCUCCACCGUAUCCUCAAACCACACGGUGCAUAUAACUCCAAUCGUGAACCGGACUAGGAGCGGGUCUGACAUACCCGAGUUGGGAGCUGGUGGUGGCCUAGGAGAUCUGUAUCAGAUCCACGAACUAGAACUCGGAGAUCAGUCAUCACUAGAUCGCCUCGAGCAGCUUUGCACUGAGAAACUACACGAUCCUCAAGCGCUUAAUAAGGCGAUAGGAGCACUCUCCGAAGCGUUCAACUCAAGAAGUAAAGCUCUCUCGCUAGACAGCUACGGGAUGAAAGAUGCUCACGAAAUGCCUCUGGAUGAGCUCAUCAAUGUCCUUAGCCGGGGUCGCCCGAGCGAGGAAUCCAUCACAGAGGGUACAACAGACUUUCAGGAUAAUUCGGCUAAAUCUCCCCCAAGAACUAUUCGCUUCCCAUACUCACGGCAUUCAUCCUACGCUGAGCUAUGCGAGUUAAUAGCCGCGUUCGAGCCCAAAGAUAUUUAUCCUUGCACUGUGGACCCCUCGGAGUGGGACGAAGAUAUUUCUAUGCAAGCUCUAUUCGGCCAUCUUUGCUCUGACAAGAAAUUCGUUCAUGAUCAAUACAUGCGUGGCCUAACAGCAAACGAUAGAGGCGAACGACCCAGGAAGAGAGCUAGACGUGAUCCUGAAUCGCCAAACCUAUUAACUCAGCAGUCAACUAUUCCAACUGACGAAGACAUUGAUUCAAGAGCCUCACAAAUUUUCGCCCCAAUCAUCGCCGAGGCCAAUGACGCACCAACUUUAGGGCCCGCUCACCCACUCGCAUCAGAGCCGCCCUCCUCGAGACCAAUAGUAAUCACCUCGUCCCCACUGUCAUCUUCAAGAACAUGCAUCCCACCGACUGCAGAGCCAACUGAAGAGCUCAAUGGCGUAUCAGACAACGACUCCCUUCCUAUAUCUCAAGCAAGCCCAGCGACUGCUAGAGCCAGACGAAUAUCCGUCCGCCAAGCAUGGGACUACCUUCGCACCGUUCAAGACCCGCAAAAUAGACCAUAUGAUCUCGGAUCUUUACCUUCAUCAUGGCCAACUGAAGAAGAUCAAUCUCAAUUAGACGCAGUCACCGCUGACAUACCGGCUCUCGAAGAAACAGCACUCUCCCAUGCUUCCCAGGAAACAGCUAUCAACGACCCUGAUGAGAAGGAUCGACAACCGCUUGCCACUCAUGGAGAAAGCGCCUCUAUCCCAACAGCUAUACCAACAUCAACCACGGCGAACCCAAACCCGGUGAUAUCCACAAUCAUGGAAACGGACACCGAGUCCGACACCGAGUUUGACCCAAACAUUACAACUAUGGAUGCCCAACCAAAGCUAGACCUAGCAAGCUCUAGCCAGCAAAGCCACACCUUAACAAUAUCCACCUCCGCGUUCGCCUCUCAAAGCCAGAACCAGAUCCCAACCCAUCUUCUUGAUCAGAACCAGGGAAUCAUGGACGAAGAAGAGUACAUAAACGAGGAUGUGUACGUGCCUUCGGAACCAGAAGAAGACAAAGACGAAGUAAAAGGAGAAGGCGAAAGGGGCGCCACUGGCAAUCCCAGGCCCCCGCCACCUCCAUCUCUUGUGCGGAUAGAGUCGUCGCUUCGGCGAAGAGCAGCGUAUUUAGCGGCGAGGGAAGACAGUUAUGAGGCGUGGGCAUCUGUGUCGCUUGUUUCGGCGGGGAAUAAUCAUACGGAAGAGGAGAUUGAGCUGUAA